AUGCCGGAACAAUCAGAGGCAACGACAUCGCAAGUAACCACUAACUCCAAGUCAGCAGAAUUAUCGACUACGGACGCGACGGGCAAGCCCAUGACGAGCCCUACGACCACGAUAUCAGACACAACAACAUCGCAAGACACCUUCACAUCCAAAUCAGCUACGGACGUGGCGACCAAGACGGCUACGAGGCCUAUGACCACGGUGUCAGCCACAACGACAUCGCCAAAAACCACCGCCUCCACAUGCUCAUCCCCUCAGGUGGAUUGUGAAUUCGGCGGGUCGUUCUACAAUUUCAGCACUAGCAAGAUGAAUCAUGCUUCCGCGGUUUUAGCUUGUUCCCAAUACGGAUCCCAUCUGGUCUUCAUCGAGUCGCAAGUGGAACAGGACUUCAUCGUGGGGCAUGCUUAUUACACCAAGCAAGACUCGAAUAACUACUGGAUCGGGCUGACCGGCUUAAGUCGCACCUUGCCUGUGUUAUCGGAUAGCGCCAAGAUGGGAAGACAACUUGUCCAGACUGGUACGGCCUAA